CUUUCUUGCUCUCUAUAACCGCCAACGGGAGUCAAAUUAUUGAUCGAUUGGCCUGUUCGAAAAGACCGAGUAGGUCUGGGAAAGGAAGCAAGGCCCGGACAUAUCGACGAGUUUGCGCGGCACUUUCGGCUCGGACAAUUGAAGACCGCAUUUUCGCCCCUAGGCCUUUAUCUUGAGCAUCAACUCAUACAUCGACAUCGUCAUCGUUCUCGUUCGCAGCGAGUGGGCGCAACACAACAAACCUCACAAGAAAGAAAAAAAAAACCCCCGAAAUCUCCGUUCCUUCAAAGCCCCGUAGCUGACUCGACACCUGGCACGAAUCGAUCGCCGUCGACUUUACAACGCAAUCACCCUGAUAUCCCCCCCCCCUAGUCGCCAAUCUGGCGACCCUCGAGACCAAGCCUUUCGGCGGAGCAUCGGAAGCUGUGGCCGCCAUGGCCCAGCCAAGUGCAGAGCCAGUCGAGGAGGAAUACGACUAUGAAUCUCUGCCGCCCAACUUCUCCCUGUUGCAGAACAUGGCCGCAGGCGCCUUUGCUGGUAUAGCAGAGCACACUGCAAUGUAUCCCAUCGAUGCGAUCAAGACGAGAAUGCAGAUCCUCAACUCUAGUAACACACCUGCUUACUCGGGAGUCAUUCGCAACACCGUUCAAAUCGCUCGCACCGAGGGUUUCUUCAGCUUAUGGCGCGGAAUGUCUAGUGUCAUCGUUGGCGCAGGACCUGCACAUGCCGUUUACUUUGCGACUUACGAAGCAGUCAAGCAUGCUAUGGGCGGUAACCAAGCCGGUGUUCACCACCCACUCGCUGCCGCUACCAGCGGCGCUGCUGCUACUAUUGCCAGUGACGCCUUCAUGAACCCCUUCGAUGUUAUCAAGCAACGUAUGCAAAUCCAAAAUUCAAGCAAGAUGUACAGAUCUAUGUUUGACUGCGCCAAGUAUGUCUACAGAUCUGAGGGCUUGGGGGCUUUCUACAUCUCCUACCCCACGACACUUUCUAUGACAGUGCCUUUCACUGCCCUCCAGUUUCUCGCCUACGAGUCUAUUUCUACCGCAAUGAACCCCGCAAAGACCUACGACCCAAUGACACACUGUUUGGCAGGCGCUGUUGCUGGUGGAUUCGCGGCUGGUCUUACAACUCCCAUGGAUGUUAUCAAGACAAUGCUUCAAACACGUGGAACAUCCACAGAUCCCCAAGUGAGAAACGUCAACAGCUUUAUUGGAGGAUGCCGGCUGCUUUACCAAAGAGCUGGCGUCUCAGGGUUCUUCAAGGGCGUGCGACCUCGCAUCGUUACCACCAUGCCUAGCACAGCCAUCUGCUGGUCGGCAUACGAAUUUUCAAAGUCAUACUUCAUCAAGCGAAACGACGCUGCCUGAACGGCAUGACCCCAAAUUCAGCAGUCACCCAAAGCGACCAAUUCUUGAGCAAGUGGUGAAAGUUACCCCAUCAUUAAAUCAUGGCGGUUCGGUUCAUUGAAAGAGUAGAUUCGAAAGUAAAGAUAACGAAGGGAAACCCUUCAAAGUAUGGAGAUGAGGACUACAUGCACGAGACUCACCUACCUUAGGACAGCUACCUUUUGAUUCGGCGUUUGCCUCACCCGGCUUGCAUUCUCACAAUCAAGAAUGUCUACUGGCUUUGUAGAUCACCACGACCUCUUCCAGUGGUAGGACCGAGUGAUGCUCAGGGCAUCCAGCAGCGGAUCGUGUACAUAACGAAACAUCAUCAUUUCUUACGAACAAAACGGACAAGAGCGGCGAUAAAGGAUCGGAAACGGGUAAAGGGGUGCUGGUGUUUAUUCGCAGAUAGACGGUGUGGAAUGUGUCAUGAUAGUUUUGCCAGUUAAAUGUUGAUGUCAAGAUACUAGCAUAUAUGCAUGCCUUGGUCUU